AUGGGGACCACCGAGACGCCGUCGGAGCCCUCGGAGCUGGAGCUGGACGACGUGGUGAUCACCAACCCCCACAUCGAGGCCAUCCUGGACAACGAGGACUGGGUCGAGGACGCCUCGUACGGGGGGGUCACACCCCCCCGUGCUGUCCCCUGUCCCGACGGACAGUCUGAGUGUCCCGACAAUGCCACCUGCUGCGUGACGGCCAGCGGCGCCUGGGGGUGCUGCCCCAUGCCCCAGGCCUCGUGCUGUGCUGACAAGGUGCACUGCUGUCCCCACGCCACCGUCUGCGACCUGGCCCACGGGCGCUGCCUGUCACCCGCCGGUGAUGUCCCCCUGGGCACCCCGUUCCCCGCCUGGAAGCGCCAGCCCCCGGCGCCAGCAGUCGCACUGCACCACGUGCUGUGCCCCGACGGCCGCUCGGCGUGUCCCGACGGUGCUACCUGCUGCCAGCUGCCCUCGGCGCGGUACGGCUGCUGUCCCCUGCAAAACGUGACUCGUGACGUGAAGUGUGAUGAGGAGACGAGCUGCCCCGACGGGAGCACGUGCUGCCGGCUCAGCUCGGGGGCCUGGGGCUGCUGCCCGCUGGAGGAGGCCGUCUGCUGCCCCGACCACGUGCACUGCUGCCCCCAGGGCUACACCUGCGACCCGGAGGGGAGCAGCUGCCUGCAGGAGGGGGGGCACCGCCGGCCCUGGCUGCAGAAGACCCCGGCGCUGGCCCGGGGCGGGGACGUGAAGUGCGACGAGGAGACGAGCUGCCCCGACGGGAGCACGUGCUGCCGUCUGAGCUUGGGGACCUGGGGGUGCUGCCCGCUGGAGCAGGUUUGGGGGGGCCCUGCCCACGGGGAGAGGGGGUCCCCGUAG